CUGUGGAGGAGAGACUGUCAACGCCGGAGAAUAAAAAUGAUGCUGAGCCCGGACCAGGCUGAGACCGACCUGUCCUGGACCCAGUCCGACUCGGAGACCAUGCUCAACGGCCUCAAGUCCGUCGGCUGCGCGUCGGACGAGCCGGCGGAGGGCGAGGAGAGGGCCAAGUGCAAAUCCGAGCAGCCCCUGAGCAGGGAGGAGAAGAGGAGGCGGAGGAGGGCCACGGCCAAGUACCGCUCGGCCCACGCCACCAGGGAGCGGAUCCGGGUGGAGGCGUUCAACGUGGCCUUCGCGGAGCUGAGGAAAUUACUGCCCACCUUGCCCCCGGACAAGAAACUCUCCAAGAUCGAGAUCCUCAGACUGGCGAUAUGCUACAUCUCCUAUCUCAAUCACGUGCUGGAUGUCUGAACGUGUGUCAAACACAUGCACACGCCACACACACGCACACGCACUCACACGCGCACAC